AGCAGGGAGUGACAUCCGGAGUAGAAUUUCACUUCCUGCAUUUCUCAGGUGACUCACCUGAGAAACGUGAAAUGUCGUCGACCUCUUAGGUUGCUUUGGACGCGAUCGUAGUUUCAAAGCUGUCAAUUCCAGUUUUGUCGCACUUCUGCGGAAACGCUGUUGGGUCUACCUGAUGAUCAGGAAGUGAUUCUUCAGAUUCUCCAAGCUUUGCUCAGAGCUGGGCGACAGAGGGAGGAAGCUGGGGUUUUAGAUCCACAUUUAAUUGCGUGAGAGUGGAGGCCUUCACUGGACUAUUAUUAUGAAUUUAUUUAUUAGGAGUCCACCUGCGCUCCUGCUCCUGGUGGUCCUUGUGGAGUCCAGCACCGGCCAGGAUCUUGAGCAAUGUUUAGACAAAUUUAAAAAAGGUAAGGACGACUUUAUUUUGGAUUUGGAAGAGUCCGUGAAAGACGGAGCCGUGAUCCUUUCUGUGCCGAAACUGGAGCGCUACCGGGACUGCGUGACGUCUUGCUGCAAAGACCCGAUGUGCAACGUCGCCUUCAUGGAGAAAGGAGACCAGGAGGGCCAGAUCAAAUCCUGCUUUCUGUUCAACUGCGUGGUGAAGAAGAACUACGUGUGUCGCUUUGUGAAAACGCUGGGAUACAGCAGUUACGUCCUGAAUACAGUUUAUGACACCUACUUCACGCAGGAGUCCUCCUCCAAAAAUUCGCCCGACAGUCCACCGGUGGCCGAUGCAGGCCCGGAUCUGGUGGUUCAGCCGAAGGAGAUCGUGACACUGAACGGCUUCAGGAGCAAAGAUGAUAAAGAAAUCGUGUCCUAUAACUGGUUAAUGAUCACAGAAUAUCCUUCAGCUGUCAUUGAGAAAAGCAACUUUAAAGAUGAGAUUAGGGUUUCCAAUCUGACGUCUGGGAAGUACAAGUUCCAGCUGACCGUGACGGACGCCAGCGGUCAGUCAGAUGUCACCACGAUCACAGUCCUGGUCCUCACUCCAGAGCUGUCUGAGCACCACUGUAUGGCUCCGAAGAAAGUUGGACCAUGUCGUGGUUCUUUCCCUCGCUGGCAUUACAACGCUGCUUCGGGGAAGUGCGAAAGUUUCAACUUUGGUGGCUGCAAGGAGAAUCUCAACAACUACCUUAGUGAAGAUGAGUGCUCUAAAGCUUGCUCUGGCGCAGGUAGUCAUUCUGGAAGAAUACUGCAUGUUUCUCAGGAAGAGAAAUGUGGCGCCCCUUGCAGCACCUUCGAGUUCGCCUGCGAUAAUGGUUGCUGUUUGGCUCCAGGACUGGAGUGCGACCAUACUCCGCAAUGCAGUGACGGGUCAGACGAGAGCAAGUGCGAGUUCUUGGAAAAUAAGUUUCGUAAGCUGAUGGAGGUUCCAGUGGAUGAACGUAAAGUGCACUGUACGGAGAAUCCCAACACAGGAGCCUGCCGGGACAGUCAGACAAAAUGGUACUACGACCCUGUCAGUAGGGAAUGUCACCGGUUCAACUACGGUGGCUGUGGAGGGAACGAAAACAAAUUCGACAAUCAGGAGAGCUGUCAAAAAGUUUGCAGUGGGGUAACAGAAAAAGAUGUUUUUGAAAGGAAAGAGCAGAAUGAAAGACUGGAAUCUGAGAGCCAAACGGGCAUCUUUUGGAUAGCUAUUGUCCUGGGCGUGGCUAUCCUCAUCCUCCUCGGCCUCCUGGGCUACUGCUUCAUGAAGAACAGGAAGUCUUCUCACCAUCAGCCCAUGCCCGUUACCAACACCCUCCCCACGUAUGACAACAAACAGCACAUGGUCUACUGAAGCACCAGGAACCCCGACCUCACUAGUGUUCACCGUCACUCUUUAGUCCCUUUUUUUUUGUUGUUUAGGCAAAAAUUAUCGAGCCAAACAAACAACAAAAGUCUGCAUUUGAGUUCUGAAGGGGAAAUUUUAUAUUUUUUAAGUAUUUUAAUGUGUUUUAAGGUCAUGUAGAAAGGAUUAGCAGAUUAGAUGAGAUGGCUUGUUUUUAAUGCAGCGACUUUUUGUAAAACUUAUAUUAAAAGCUCAGGUUAGUGGACAGAUUAUCUCCAUUCAGAAAGUCAUCCCACUAAAAGCCACAAUAUGAUGAUAUUUGUUGUGUUUUAUUCUUUUAUUGUUUAACAGUUCUCAUCGAACAGCUUUUUAACUUUUUUUUGUCAAACUUGUUGUUUAAAUUAGGUUUUUGUUUGGAUUUUUUGUGGAUGUGCAGCAUUAUGAUGAUUCUUCUCAUACUGAAGUUCUAAUACUUUUCGUCAUUUUUAUUUUAACUGUUGUUACAUUCCACUGAAUUUCACCAACAUGAAAAAUAUUGUACAUAACAUUAGAACUUAGGUACGAGAUACUUUUCCUGUAGGUAAUUUUAGCUUUUUUAUUCUUUAAUUAUUAUUUUACCAUUUUUAGAACAAGCAUGACGCAUUAUUCACCAACCUUAUUAAGUAUUCUUUGUUGAAACUUCUAAAGCUUUUGUAUAUAUUAGCUUUGACUGUGUUGUGUUCAUGCUUAAUAAAAACAAUUUUUAACUUCU